UCAGAUUGAGCUUAGUUGUUUGCCGAGCCUUAGCUAAGAGAGGCAUCUUCACCCGCUCUGCUCAGCUGAAAGGGUUUUAAUGGGAAUUCCGCUUUAAUCAUUGUUUUAACUUAAUUAUUGUGUAUAUUGUUAACUGUUUCUUAAAUAAUUACUUAAAUAUUAUCGCAAAGCAAUUGACGACGUUUUGAACGAAUAUAAGCUAAUUGCAAAAUGUUUAAAAUAAUAACAAGUUGCGUAUUUUUGGUACUAGCUGUAAAUUUGGCAAAAGCACAAUUCUAUUUUCCAAAUGAAGCAGCGCAAAUACCUAAUUACGGACGCUGCAUUACGCCAAACCGGGAGCGUGCACUUUGCAUACACUUGGAGGACUGUAAAUAUCUUUAUGGACUUUUGACAUCCACGCCCUUAAGAGAUACGGACAGAUUAUAUCUAAGUCGCAGUCAGUGUGGUUACUUUCAUGGCAAAGUUUUGAUUUGUUGUCCGGAUCGUUAUCGGGAUAGCACGCCCGUCACAACGGCGCGUCCCCCAGCUAACACAACAAACACGAGCCUCCUACCCCUGCCAGGCCAAUGCGGAAAUAUAUUGUCUAAUCGCAUUUACGGCGGUGUAAAAACCAAGAUUGAUGAAUUUCCCUGGAUGGCGCUGAUCGAGUAUACAAAAGGCAGUGGUAAUAAGGGUCAUCACUGCGGCGGCUCACUCAUCAGUAAUCGUUAUGUGGUCACCGCAUCUCAUUGCGUCAAUGGCAAGGACCUACCCGCUGACUGGCGAUUGAGUGGCGUGAGACUGGGUGAAUGGGAUACUACCACAGAUCCGGAUUGUGAGGUUGAUGUGCGUGGAAUGAAGGAUUGUGCGCCAGCACAUUUGGAUGUGCCAGUUGAACGCACCAUACCACAUCCAUCGUACGAUCCUUUUUCAAAGAAUCAAGUCAACGACAUAGCUCUUCUACGUCUUGGUCGCCAAAUUGAAUAUACGGACUUUGUACGUCCUAUUUGCUUGCCUUUGGAUACAAAUCUACGUGCAGCUACUUUUGAUGGCAUCUCUAUGGAUGUGGCAGGCUGGGGCAAGACGGAGGAGCUAUCGGCUAGUAAUUUAAAGCUCAAGGCAGCUGUUGAUGGCGUCACGUUAGAUGAAUGUCAGUCGGUCUAUACACGUCAGAGUAUUGUGUUGGAGAAUACACAAAUGUGUGCCGGUGGGCAGGAGGGUGUGGACUCGUGUCGCGGUGACUCUGGCGGCCCACUUAUUGGUCUAGACACAAAUAAAGUAAAUACAUAUUACUUCCUAGCUGGUGUUGUCUCAUUUGGGCCAACGCCUUGUGGCCUGAAUGGGUGGCCAGGAGUUUACAGUCGCGUGGGUGCGUUUGUGGAUUGGAUACAGGCUACAUUAGAGCCUUAGGAAUCAAAACUAGAUUCAUUUGAGUAUAUGUAUUAUAUAUUGUUACAUUUAAUACAAAUUAAAAUAUGCAAUAAAUAAUA